UACAUAUCAGUAAUAUCUAGACUUUUGCUUUAUACGCAUUUUGUUUCAGCUGUCACGUGACACACGUGGCUACGUCUGUCGUGUCAACGAGCGCACUACUUUCAUUGACAGAAAUGGCCACCACGGAAGUGGAGCGCAGACGAGGUCAGCUUGCUGCCCUGUCUAUCGCCGCCGUGGUCAUCGUCGUUGGGGUCCCCUUGUGGUGGCGAACGACUGAAACCUACCGCGCCUGGUUACCUUUCAGCCAGAUAAAAGACCUCUCUAAACUGCAGCUGCAUUUAAGUGCUGAUGUUGAAGUUGUGUUUGCACGGGGCACCCUGACACCUGAGCAGCAGAAGAGGCUCCCCCUGACCCAGACGCAGGAUGAGGAGCAUGCAGUGGAUGAGAACACAGUUUUGAGGUAUACUCAUGAAAUAAAGUACCAAACAGCUACAAUUAUGGAAGAGGAGGCUCUGGGCAAGCCCACCGCUGCAGAGGCGGAUCUAUCUCUGCACAUGCUCAGUGAAAGUCCGUGUGGUUCUUCAGUGGUGUAUGUGAUUCCUGAGGUCUCCUCGCUGCUACCAGAGAAUGUCAAAGUGUAUAUUGGUCAACGCCGGACGGCCAUCCUACGCAUCAAUGCUGAGAUGAGAGCAGGAAAGACGGUAGAGCAGCUACUGGAUGUCCUGAAGCCUCAAAUCAAGCAGGUGCUUCAGGUGAUGUCUUUUAGUCACACGGACAUCACAGCUGCCCUCAGUGAUCGAGUCCGUUUCAACCCUGGCAGCAAAGAAAGUAUGACUCAUAGUAUGAGAGCCUUUACAUUCAGUCCAGGUUAUGAGAUAACUUUCAGUCUGUUGAACCCUGACCCAAGGUCACACAGGCUCCAUUGGGACAUAGAAGGUGCUGUUCAGACUUACAUCCAGCCUUUUCUUACCAAACUUUCUCCUUUGGCCAACUUCAGCAUAGACUCUCAGAUGCUACACUACGCCAUGCUGGGUGUCAACCCGCGCUAUAACAACGACCGCGGCGCCUUCAUACUUCACGCCGACAGCCUUGCUCAUGUCAUCAACCCAGUGGAGGCCAGACUUGGUUCCAAUGCUGCCUCCUCCAACCCGGUGCUGAAUUUUCUUCUGUAUGUGCCAGACGCCCAGCAUUCACCACUUUACAUUCAGGACCACAAGAAAAUGGAUGUUCCUUCGAAUGCAUUUCACUCUCCGCGUUGGGGGGGGAUUAUGGUGUAUAAUGUUAAAAAUCUCUAUGGACCAGAGGCUGAGUUUCCUGUCAACAUCAACAUAAACAUGGCUGAAGUCAUGGGGGUUUUCCUGACGCAACUUCGGCUGUUGGUGGGCAUGGAGUCCUCCCCUCCUCCCCCAGGCUUCUUGGUGGCUCCGUGCGGCAGCGUAGGACUGGCUGACUGGGAGCUGGACCGUCUCAUGUGGAGUCGGAGUGUGGAAAAUAUUGCUACGGCGACCACAACCAUCACUUCUCUAGCGCAGCUCUUGGACCAGAUUGGAAACAUUGUCAUAAACGACAACAUUGCCCAGCAGGUGUCCAGUGCUGUCACAUCUGUGCAGCUGGCUGUGGCUGAGCUGGAGGCCGGGAACCUUGGCUUUGCCCUACAGUACAGCAAAGAGGCCAUCUUGGCGUCUGAGAAAGCCUUUUUUGAUCCUUCCCUCCUCCACCUCCUCUACUUUCCCGAUGACCAGAAAUUUGCCAUCUAUAUUCCUCUUUUCCUGCCUAUGUGUGUGCCCAUUUUGUUGUCACUGCUUAAGAUGGGAUCUGAAGCCAGACAACGGUACAGAGAAAAACAAGCCAAGAAGGACUGAGAGACACUUGAGCUGCAGAAAUUUGAAUGAACAAAAAAAAAAGCACUGGUAAACAAACAUUUUUGUUUGUAGUUUUUACACGAUAGUACAAAUGCAAGCAUGGAGGAUUUUCUUUUUCCACUAAAGUGAUGUUUGAGGUUAACUCCUUUUUUUUUUUUUAAUAAAGGUCUGCUAAGAGGUUUUAAAGAAAAGCUGCUGUAUUUGAUGUUGGGAUUAAAUGCUUGAUUCAUGAUGUUUUAUAUUUGAGCUGUUCUAAGUUUGUUACAAGUAAACACUAAGGUUUGCCUUA